UCGCUUUAUCUCCACGCUGUCUUCCCACCUCACACAAAAUUCCCAGUACUACGGUUUCCCAUCAACACGUCGCCGUUUCGCCUCGGCCUCGCUCGCUGGCCCCCUCUUUUGGCUUUUGUUCUUGUUCGAUGUUUUAAACUUUAAUCGAAGACGCAAAUCUUGGAGGACGAGUGUUUGAUUCGAACCCCUUUGUUGGGGAUUGUGAAAAUUUUCAUCUUUUCUGUGGAUCAGUCAAGAUUGAUUUUGGUGACGACCAAGCUGAGCUAUUCUUUUCACACUUGGUGUUCUUUCUUUUUUAUAAUUGGGUCCCGAAAUUCUGUACGAUUACCCUUCGAGUUUUCUAUCAUUCCGAAAAAGGAAAAGUGGAACAUAACCUUGAGUGCGAUAGCCACUGGCGGUUUCUUUCUUUUUCUUCCUAGCUUCGCUUCACGAUAAAGCUUCUCGAAGAGAAUUUUUUGGGCAAAUACUCCAAACGCAGGGUUGGAAAAGCUAAAGCUCUGCAAUUCACUCCGUAGUUUGGAUUUUUAGACACCCAAUUCCGUUAAUUGGCCAAUCAUGCAUCCCGAUGAUCAGCAGCAGCAGCCGUUGAUAGAGGAGGAAGAUGAAGAAACUGCUUACAACGUAACGGAGAAGGUUGUGGUAAUUGGGAUUAACGAACCGGAGUCCGAUUCGGACGUGGGUUUGCUGCCGUUUUCAUGGAGGAAGCUCUGGCUGUUCACAGGGCCUGGGUUUUUGAUGAGCAUAGCGUUUUUAGAUCCUGGGAAUUUGGAGUCCAAUCUUCAGGCUGGUGCUAUAGCUGGGUAUUCCUUGUUGUGGCUUCUGUUGUGGGCUACGGCCAUGGGGCUUUUGAUCCAGUUGCUUUCGGCUAGGCUUGGUGUUGCCACUGGAAGGCACUUGGCUGAGCUGUGUAGAGAAGAGUACCCAACUUGGGCGAGAAUUGUGCUGUGGGUCAUGGCUGAGUUCGCCCUGAUUGGGGCUGAUAUACAGGAAGUCAUUGGGAGUGCUAUAGCUAUUAAGAUUCUGAGUAAUGGUGCAUUGCCUCUCUGGGCUGGAGUCAUCAUCACUGCUUUAGAUUGUUUUAUCUUCCUGUUUCUUGAGAAUUAUGGUGUGAGGAAACUGGAGGCUGUUUUUGCUGUUCUUAUUGCUACAAUGGCACUCUCAUUUGCUUGGAUGUUUGGUGAAACUAAGCCAGAUGGGAAGGAGCUUCUAUUGGGUAUUUUAAUUCCAAAACUUAGCUCCAAGACAAUUACACAGGCUGUUGCUGUUGUGGGGUGUAUAAUUAUGCCUCAUAAUGUGUUUUUGCACUCUGCUCUUGUGCAGUCACGAGAUGUCGAUCCGAGUAAGAAAGGGCGGGUCCGAGAAGCUCUGAGAUACUACUCUAUUGAGUCCACUCUUGCCCUUUUUGUCUCCUUCAUCAUCAACUUGUUUGUUACAACUGUGUUUGCUAAAGCUUUCUAUGGCACAGACAUAGCGAAUAGCAUUGGUCUUGUAAAUGCAGGCCAAUAUCUUCAAGAUAAAUAUGGUGGUGGGCUUUUCCCCAUUCUGUACAUCUGGGCUAUUGGUCUAUUAGCUGCUGGCCAAAGUAGCACCAUCACUGGUACCUAUGCAGGACAGUUUAUCAUGAGUGGAUUCCUGAACUUGAAGUUGAAAAAAUGGCUAAGAGCUUUGAUAACUCGAAGCUUUGCAAUCGUGCCAACUAUGAUUGUCGCUCUCGUGUUCGAAACUUCUGACUCGAUGGUCGAUGUUCUGAAUGAAUGGCUCAAUGUCCUCCAGUCAAUUCAGAUUCCCUUUGCUCUGAUUCCUCUUCUCUGUUUGGCUUCGAAGGAACAUCUAAUGGGUAGUUUCAAAAUUGGGCCCAUUUUAAAGACUACCUCUUGGCUGGUGGCAGUCUUGGUGAUGGCCAUCAACGGGUAUCUUUUGGUGAGCUUCAUCUCAUCGGAAGUGAAUGGAGUGCUCUUCACCAUUUUCGUGUUCGUCUUCAUCGCUGCAUAUCUUGCCUUUGUUGUUUACCUCGUCUAUCGAAGCAUUUCGUUUUCAAGUUGGCACAACUUCAUCAACCGGAAGACGUACACUGCCAAUGGAAACUGAGUUAUCAUCUUCAACUUUGACUCUGACUUAUUCAGAUUGCAGAUCGAUAAUUGUCAAAUAAUUGUCUUGUCCUAAAGCAUCUGUUGAAACGCAGUUGGAGAACACUUCCCUGGAGUAAUAUAUCAGCUAGUUUCAAGAUAUAUGGGUUAUGAUUUGACAUGUUUUUCCUUGAGAAAAGCUGUUCUGGUUAAUUUUGUAUUAUAAUUGUUCAUUUUUCUGUUCUCAUACUGUCAAAUGAAGCAGAUAGUAGGCUAUGGUGCAGCUUGAAUCUGAUCGUAAUUUAAGUUUAUGUAGGCUUGUUAGUCUUUGGUUAUAUCAAUGUCAUUCAAGUGUUCUGAUUUGCUUGGCACAAUUAAUCACACUUACUCAACAGUAAACGAUUAAGGCCACUUUUGUAUUGAUUUUA